GGGGAGAAUUGCCCUGGAAAAGUUUGGGAGCCCCUGUCUUAACUGAUUCAGAUGAAAGUGGUAACAAUAGAAGGUACACUGAGUCCCAAGAUGUGCUCACACUGCAUUUAAGUUUUUCCCUCUGGUUUGGUGGUGUGUUGAGGGCUGUGUGAUGCUGUAAGGAGGAUUAAGGGCAAUCAGGCUGGUCAGAGCACCAACUGAGCUUAAUCUGUCACCUGAAUCUGUUUACUGCAACUAAGAGCAUGACCUUUUACUCCACUGUGAACUCACAAAGCCUUCAAAACAAGCAUCCAAUCCAGUCAGAUCUCUAUCGUUUAUUUCCACAUAUUUUAUUCUAUUAUCAGGCACUAACUUCUUCUUCUCCUUAGGAGAAACCAUGGGCUGUGGGGUCGCAAAAGGAAGUGAAUUCCAUAAAGCACACGAUAAAGGUAAUCUCAGUGACAAUUUGUCAACUGAGGAAAGAAAGGAGACUGUACAGGCAUUUUCUAUUUCUACAUAUGAUUAUAGUUAUGGCAAUGUCAUCUCAUACAAAACAUUUUCUGGAUCUUCUCUGUUCUGUUACUGUGAAGCAAUCAGAGCUGCAGUUCUGAUCCAGCGCUGGUAUCGUCAGUAUGUUUCCCGCAUGGAGAUGAAGCGCAGAUACACCUGGAACAUCUUCCAGUCCAUAGAAUACACUGGGCAACAGGAACAAAUCAAAUUGUAUAAUUUUCUUGGUUACCUCAUGGACAACUUCACACCCUCUAGCAAUGAACGAAAGUUGAUCUCCCACAUCUUCAGAGAAAAUGAAAUCUGUCAGGAUGCGGCUUGGGAGAGAUACUUCAGAUACACCAAUAUUGACGUUCCAGAAGUCUAUUCAGGCCCAAGGCUAACCUUCCCGCUAGACGCAAAUCAAGCUGCCGAUCUCAUUGAGGCUUUUAGAAACAAACAAUAGCAGCUCCACUCUCGGUAUGUUCUCCAACUUCUUCUUGAAACCUGGAAGCUGCUCAGAGUUCUGCCAAAUAUCAACCGAAUCUCUACCUGCCAUAGCAAAGAAAUCACAAUAUGUGGGGACUUACAUGGACAGUUAGAAGACUUACUUCUAAUAUUUUACAAAAAUGGGAUGCCGUCGCUGGAGAAGCCUUAUGUUUUCAAUGGCGACUUUGUGGACCGAGGCAAGGACUCAGUUGAGAUUCUACUUAUUUUAUUUGCCUUCUUGUUGGUCUAUCCUGGAGAGGUUCACCUUAAUCGAGGAAAUCAUGAGGAUCACAUAAUAAACCUGAGGUAUGGGUUCACCAAAGAAGUGUUGGGCAAAUACAAGAUACAUGGUAAACGAAUUCUAAAGCUGCUUCAGAAGAUAUUCAGCUGGUUGCCCCUGGCAACAGUGAUUGAUCAGAAGGUGCUGAUCGUCCAUGGGGGGAUCUCAGACAGUACAGACCUGGCACUGCUGGCCCGAGUGGACAGACACAGAGUGAGUCCCAAAAACAAAAAGACACAAACAGAUCAGCAUCUACUUGAGGCAUAUAUAUCUGCUCUGAGGGCUCCAAAGCAGAAGAGCAGUGUGUCUGUCCGGCCUUCACUGGCCUCAGAAAUGGAAGAUGAAUCGAAGAACUCUAAGCAUAGUAUUUUGAGCAGAAGGCAUGCCUCGCUCACUUAUUUCAGGUCCUUACCUCCCCGGGAGACUUUCCAGUGCCGUUCUUUGCAGGAUUUCUCAGCUACCGUGACCCGGACCGUGGAGGAAGAGCUCAAGAUUCAACAAAGACAGACCAGCUUAGCCCAGUCUGCCAGCAGCAUGCCCUAUAGACACUUUAACAUGUCCAUAUCAUCUGAAUCAGCCAAAGGAUCUACCAACACCCCUAACAACAUUACCAAUGAGUGGAAAGAGAUCCUGGACUUGCUUUGGAGUGACCCCAUGACUAAAGAUGGCUGCAUCCCGAAUGAAGUUCGUGGUGGAGGUUGUUACUGGGGCCCCAACGUGACUGAGGACUUUUUAAACAAACACAACCUGCAGCUCAUCAUCCGCUCCCAUGAAUGCAAGCAAGAUGGAUAUGAGUUCUGCCACAACCGCAAGGUCCUCACAAUUUUUUCUGCCUCUAACUACUAUGAAGUGGGCAGUAAUAGGGGAGCUCUGGUCAGAUUAGGUCCAGAUCUAGUGCCUUACUUUAUCCAGUACCAGACCAACAGUAAGACCCGAGAGAUGAGCUUUGGACAAAGUAUCAGACGAACAGAGCACUCUGCUCUUAAAGUUCUGAGAGAGCAACUGUUUGCACACAAGUCAGAUCUCAUCAGUGCCUUUCAGGAUUAUGAUAAGAAGAACACAGGUCUCAUCUCUCUGAAUGACUGGAGUAGUGCUGUAGGACAGGUACUACACCUGGAAUUGCCCUGGAGAAUGCUGCACUCUCAGCUCCUCACCAGCACCACCAACGACAUGUUGGAUUACCACAACUGGUUCCGUAAUCUCUCUAUAAAAGAACCGAACUGCGAGUACAUUGAGCAGACGCUGAUGGAGACUCUUUACAGGCACCGCUCCACUCUGGAGACCAUCUUCAGAAUAGUGGACACAGACAACUCGGGCCUCAUCUCUUUUGAAAACUUCUGUCAGACGUGGAAGCUGCUAAGUGCCUAUCUGAAAAUGGAGAUUUCCAGCGAAGCCAUCAAUGAACUGGUGGUCAGCAUAGACAUGAACAAAGAUGGCUGCAUAGACAUUGAUGAAUUCAUGGAGUCUUUUCGUUUAGUAGACAAGAACAUGCGCAGACCAGAGGAACAGGACCUACUUCAGGAUGAAAAACAGACCACAGAAGAAAAAGGCACACUUCUUACACCACAAUAGAUGGUAACAGUUGUGUACACUUGCUUUAAUAACAGUCAGACUGCUCAAUGUGUGGGUUGACCCAUGAAUUAUGAUGAUGAUGAACUUCAGGAAUGUUUGAAAGUUUUUCUUGAAUUUCUCUAAGAAUAUAGGGAGUUGAGCAUUGAGUCUUGGAAUUUAAGAAAUUUAGGGUGUUGGGCCUUGGAGGUGUCAGUGAGGGAAGGAAAAGUUAAGCAUGUGCACAAGCAUAUGGAUUUAUUUCUGGGUAUAAAUGGAUAUUGUGAGAUUUCUUAAUCACAUUCUAAGCAUUUAUAUCAUUGAUAACUGUUGUGUAUGCACAAAACUAGCUGUUGAAAAGUGUGUAUAUAAUUUGGACUUUUAUAAGGAAAUUGUACAGCCUCUCCUACCUCUAAAAGAAACUGUCCUAGUGGUCCAGAACAUCAGUAGAAUGGAAGGUUAAAUGCUAAACUGGAGUUUGUCCAGGUUACCUGGCUCAUUCACAGUGAUGAGAAUAGGUAGAGGUCAAGUGUGAUGUAACAAAACCCUUCCAUGGGAUAACCACUUGAGGGUUGAGAUUACGAGUUUAUGACUUUGUUGUUCCCUCCAAAGAAAAAACAGGUAGGUGAAUUUGCUAUGCUAAAUUGUCUGUAGUUGUGAAUGUGUGUGCAUGCUGCCCUGUGGUGGACUAGCAUCCCCAUCCAAGGCGUAUUCCUGCCUUGCACUCAGUGUUCCCAAGAUGGGUUCCGGAUCCACUGCGACCCUGAACAGGAUAAAAUGGUUACUGGAGAAGAAAGUGUGAUAAUCAAGAUGUAAGAAGCAAUCUAAAUCUGCUGUAGCCUCUAGGUUUAGACUGUUUCUCCAGACCAAACUGCAUCCUUUAGUUUGUAGACCUACUGAACUGUACCUAUCCUUGUCACUGGUGCGGUACCGUUAAGGGUACUUUUUGAACCUGUAGUAUGUAUCUUGCAUGGUAGCAUGAAGAAAUGAUAGAACCACUGAUGUACUUUUCAUUAGCUAUUAGAGUGGGGAAAAUGUAAGGUACAUGUCCUGCCAGUUUCACACUAAAUGUACAACCCCCAAUUCCCAAAAAGUUGGGACGCUGUGUAAAAUGUAAAUAAAUGUAAAUAAAAACAGAAUGCAAUGAUUUGCAAAUCUCAUAAACCCAUAUGCUAUUCACAAUAGAACAUAGAAAAGGUCCAUUACCUAUGUUUCUUCAAGCAGAUUAUUCCGGAAGUAAUCUUCUAAAAUGCAUCAAUUCUUCCCUUAGUACUGGCUAUGUUCCUAAAUCAAUUAAACUAGCAGUUAUUAAACACCUGGUUAAAAAACUGACCUCGACCCCUGUCAAUUGUCCAGCCAUAGGCCAAUAUCAAAUCUCCCCUUUAUCGCCAAGAUCUUAGAAAACUCUGUAGCACAGCAGCUAUGCUCUUACCGACACAGGAAUAACAUUCGUGAAAUGUAUCAGUCAGGAUUUAGGCCUCAUCAUAGCACAGUCACAUAGUGGUUAGAGUGGUAAAUGACUUACUACUGGCCUCUGAUCAGGGUUGUGUUUCCUUACUUGUGUUGCUUGACCUUAGUGCAGCUUUUGAUACCAUUGAUCAUACUAUUCUCCUUGAUAGACAAGAAAAUGUUGCCAUUAAGGGAACGGCCCUCUCCUGGCUCAGGUCUUAUUUGACCAAUCUCUAUCAGUCCGUAGAUAUAAAUGGAGACUUCUCCACCCAUACCGGGGUAAAGUUUGGUGUUCCGUAAGGUUCUUUUUUAGGCCCGCUGCUUUUUACUUUAUAUAUGCUACC